CUUGCGUCCCCAGCAGCCCUGGGCUACCUGGACGUGCGCAUCGUGGAUGCAGACUACAACUCCUUCGCCGUGGUCUAUAUCUACAAGGAGCUGCGGGGGGCGCUCAGCACCAUGGUGCAGCUCUACUGCCGGACCCAGGAGCCAAGUCCCCAAGCUGUGAAGGCCUUCCGGGACUUCUACCCCACCGUGGGGCUCACCGACGACAUGGCGGUCAUGCUGCCCAAGUCAGACGUGUGUUCCUCUGGGGACAAAGAGGCUCCCUGACUCCUCG